AUGGAUUUCGCGGCGCUGAUGAACAAGGAGCUCUCGAAGAGCAAGAAGGGCGGCUCUGGAAAAGACGAAAAGAAGUACCUGAAGCGCUCAGAAAUCGAAGCGCAAAGAAAAGAAGCCUACAUCGCCGAACAGAAAGCCCUCGAGGCCGAGCGCCAAGCCAAAGCCGCCGCAAAACGCAAACGAGAGGAAGACGCGGCUGCCGAGAAUGCCGUGCGCGAGGAGAAGCGUCGCAAACUCGCAGAGGAUAUGAGAAAGAGGCGCGAAGAGCAAGAAGCUGAAGAAGAGCGCGUCCGAAGGAAGCGACUUGGUUUACCAGAGCUGAUCAAGGCCAAGAGCGAAGAUAAUGAGGAUGGUGUUCACGCGAGCGAGGACAUUCCCGAAGAAGAACUUGUUGAGAAGCUGAGAGCUCUUGGCGAGCCGGUGGCCUUGUUUGGGGAGAGUCAUGCUGCGCGAGUGAGACGAUACCGCAGGUUGACAAUAGUGAUCACCAAGGGCCCUAUACCGACGACACUGGAGCUUGUGGAUGAGAAGGAUAUGAAGGUCGACAGCGAGCUACCAAGGGAUAAUGGGGGCAGGAAAUGGCUGUUCCGGCAACUGGCGAGUUACUUCACUAUGGUGCUUACGGAGUACGAGCGGGCCAUGGAAGCAGAGAAGCGGGAUACAACUGCUGGUAAAACAGCAUACAAUGCGAUGGUGCAGACCCGAGAGAACAUGAAGCCGCUUUUCCGCAAAUUCGAACAGGGCGAGCUUGAUGAUGACAUCCUCAAGCCUGUUAUAGAGAUCGUGCAAGCUCUUCAGGAGCGCCGCUACGUGGAUGCCAAUGAUGGAUAUCUACGUUUGAGUAUCGGUAAUGCGGCGUGGCCUAUUGGUGUUACCAUGGUUGGUAUUCACGAGCGUAGUGCUCGAGAAAAACUACACGAUGGUGAAAAGGGUCAUGUCAUGGGUGAUGAGGUCACGCGUAAAUACCUGCAGAGUAUCAAGCGCUGUCUCACAUUCGCACAAGUUCGCUGGCCACCCACAGAUCUGCGGCAGUUGAUGGGUUAA